AUGUUGACCAGCUGGCGGUACGUAGACUCAGAGACGCCAGUCAUAGCAGGGAAGCACAUCGAUACAGAAAGGGGGGUGACACAGUGGCAAAAUAAGAGGCCUAGAGAAGCAGACCAAGGCCAACGUACAUUCAACGUCGUAGAUGCAGGCAUCGCAACAAGCGCAUCCGCUCUACGGGUUCGAACAUACUACGCACAAGCGCUGAUCCUCUUCAAUGUGUACGGCGCGCCUCUAUCCUUCGGUCCAUAUUUGGAAUACUACCACACUACGACGCUACCGACGACACCCCUCUGGUCGCUCUCUCUCAUCGUCGCGAUACAGAUAUUCUCCAUCUUCGCUGUACCAUAUCCGAUAUGGAUGAUAUACCACCAAUGGCCUAACAGGCGAAGAAUCAUGAUCUUCACUUCUGUUCUGGCAGUGGUAGGCGCUCAAGGGAGCCUAAUCUUCUGCAAGAGUCACCUUGAGCUCAUGCUUCUGCAAGGCCUGCUGUUGGGUUCCGGACUCGGCGCGCUGCUCACUCUCGGCACACUAUUCCUCGGCUCACACUACAGAUUCAAUCUCCCAAUGACAUCGUGGAUCAGCGCUAUUGGCGGUUUUGCUGGGGCACUGGUGUAUACUACAAUAGGAUGGCUAUUCCUACGGCGCGAUCAAUGGAAAGCUGCAAACGCCGCAAACCUAGGCAUUUCCAUAGCCACACUUCUCACUGCUUUCUUUCUGGCAAAACACUCAGAGAAGGGCAACAUGCAGCUGGAUGUGGAGGCACCGCAGAGUCUAAAAUCCAUCUUCAUAGAAAAUGGAGCGUUAUGGUUCGUUGUGGGCUAUGUCCUUGUCUUCUUCGGACUCUUCAUCUGGCCAAUUUAUGUCUUGCUGAUCCUCUCACACGCACCAGCACUUUAUUGGCCGGAUUCAGGUGGUUGGACUCUCGUUGCCAUGUUCGGCUCUGCUUUGAUUUCGUCACCAAUCAGUGCCAACGAGCGCUUCCGUAAACACGUACCGCCCGUCGAGUCCUUCAGUGCAGCUUGCCUCUUCGCUGGCGCGAGUAUCAUUGCACCCGCGUGGGUUCCGCAAUUCUGGUUCUCUGUUGGUUGGGGCGCUGGGUACGGAUUCGCGCUCGGCGCUAUUUUGACUUUACACAUCAAUGUCGUGGCUAUUUUCCAUCCGCUGGGCAUUGUGUGGCAUCCGGAUAUGCCAGUCAGAGGCGCGCUCAUGAUGGCGCUUGGGGGGUUGAGUGCAGCUGCGGGUCUUGUAACGGUAGCGGUGCUCCUUGAGAAUAAGGAAAACGGGACGAAGAUUGCAGCUGUUCUUACGAUGGUGUGUAUGAUGUUUGGAGGUACAAUGAUUGCUGGGAUAUGGUGGUGGAGGUAUAAAGGCUUCCUGUGA